AUGUAUCGAGUGCACUCCAUUAAGUGGUGUCUUCAAAUCAACUAUCCAAUUGAGUUCUGCAAUCCUCUUUUCAAGGAAAUGCUAAUACGUUGGGUUGGGCGGAAUGAUUGUUUUGUUUUAAAGCAAACACUUGUGCCAUUUACAGUUGCUGAUGUGUGCAUAGGAUUAGGGUUGGGUGUGGGUGGUAUAGACGUCACUUUUGAUGAUGAGUUAGUUGGUGUUGUUUGUCAAGGAUUUUCUUCGAAUUCUUUUACUGUUAAAGAUGUCAUUCGUAGGAUGGAGUUGUUAAUUGAAAACAACAACAUGGAUGUUGAUUCUGUCUGUCGGUUGUAUAUUUUACUUUGUUUCACUGUUUUUUACUUCCCUAGACAUUCAAAGGCAAUUACUAACAUGCCUUUUACAUGUUUGGAUAACAUUGAUAAUUUGUAUCAAUAUAAUUGGGCAAAAGCUGUUCACACGUAUGUGGUAAAUAGUUUAGAAAAUGCUUUAAGGAUGUUAAAGCAACGUGUCAUUAAGGACUCCUUAAGCCUUAGUGGCAAUGUUGCAGUGUUGCAGCUUUGGGCCGUUGAACGUUUGGGAUUAAGGGAUGGUCCAAAUGAGAUUGUUUUCCCAAGAAUAUUAAAAUGGCCUACGCUUAAGAUGAGGUCAAACAAAAUACAAGACUUGUUUAAGAAGAAGGAUAUAUGUUGGGAUUGGAUGUUGCGCGACGAGGACCGCAGUAACCCAAUCAUCCGUGCAGCCCUUCAUUUGGAUGAAGUGCCAAUACCAGAACACAAUGUGCAUGAUGCGAAAGAGCAUCGAAAGCAACCUCAUUUUUCUGAAGAAGCUGGUACAUGUGGCGUGGAUGAUGAUGAUGAACUUGAUGAUGAUGUUGAGGGCCUUAUAGAGGAAGACAAUGAGGAUGUUCAUGAAGUUUUGGAUGUUCCACCACUUGUGUCACGAAAACAGCAAAAUGAGGCCCCUCAUAUUUUGGAUAUAAAUAAAAAAUAUGUGUACAACCUGGUUAUUCCUUUUAGGCUUCAUUCCAGUGACAGUGUUAUAUCUGAAAUUUGCGGUCAAGUAUUUAUGACCACGGAUUGUCAUUCUUUUGGACCUAGGAUGCAACUUGACAAUAUGGGAAUUUUGUUUGGUGCAUCAGUUUUCAUGUUUUUUGAAAGAAGGCGUACUGGAGUAGUGAGAAGAAUAUGUUUUAGUCCAUUAUAUGCGACCCAUGUUGUUACUGAAUCAAAAAAGAGAAAGGCUAAUCGAAAACUUUGGACAUUGAAUGACUACUCAACUUACUUCCAGUCUGAUAUCGUUGGAUUUGAUGACAUUGUUAAUGGCGAAUUUUUGUUUCUCCCAAUUAUUAAUGACGGCCAUUGGUGGUGCUACGUUGUGAAGAUUUCAUCACUGCAAUUGUUUGCACUGGACUCUCUUGGGCAUAACAGAAAAGAACGGAAAAAAAUUGACUUAGCCAUUGUAUGUGCAGAAAAUUUGUCAUUGCUUUUUGGAAAUUUGUUGAAUUCUUCCCAACAUAACAAACCGUCAUUCGAGGAUAAACUCCAGUAUUUUAGGGAGCAAUAUGUAUGUCAAUGGAUUUUGGAUGAAGCGAACGUCCGAAGGAAGCAAGUGUUGGAAAAACUAGGCAUCUUGUAA